UAUAUAAGUUCAGAAAUGGAAUCACUUGUCAUUGGGUUACGAAUAAUAAUGGCCUGGUAAAAUAUAACUACUAGUAACUAUUGGUCGUUCAAAUAUUCAUUUUAAGUGUAUUUGACUAAUAGUCUACAAUGAAUCCUGCUGUGAAAAAUCUGCGAAAGCAGCGAAGAGCACAGCACCGACUCGCUAGGGAUAUGAAUAUCAAAUGCAGCGAUGAACCUACGCAGUGCUUAAUGAUUUGCAAUGCCGGACUGGUUACGGGAUUGCGAAGAGAGGAUGUGGAUAGCAUCGUAAAUGAAUUGGUACCAUCGUAUAAUUUAAUCAUGCCAGUCGGUAAAUCGUAUUGUUUUUUGAAACUGCGUACUAAGGAACAUGCUCAGAUUGUAUUCGACGCUUUACAUGGCAGAUUGAAAUUUCAGAACAAGAAUACCCCAUUGUAUUUGUCCUUUACUGAAACUGUUCCAAGUGCAGAUGACGAUUUGUGGAAUAAACCUCUCCCACCAGGGUUGAGAUUAAUAGAAGAAUUUAUAACUUUGGAGGAAGAAGAUUUCCUUUUGAAAUUUCUCGACUGGACAGAAACAGGGACAAAUCCCUCUGAACUGAAGCACAGACAAGUCAAGCAUUUUGGAUACGAGUUUCGAUAUGACACUAACAAAGUGGACCCUGACAAUCCAAUAGCUCCUAUUCCAGAAUCGUACAAAUUUCUGCUGACUCGCUUCAAGGAACACCAUUGUGGAAACUAUGAUUAUGAUCAGCUUACAAUCAACCGUUACUUACCAGGCCAAGGUAUUCCCCCUCAUAUAGAUACACAUAGUCCGUUCGAAGAUACUAUUCUUUCCUUGUCUUUGGGUUCCCCUUGUGUGAUGGAAUUUAAACGUGGGGAGGAGCGAAGAUUGGUAUUUCUUUCAUCCAGAUCGCUACUGGUUAUGUCAGGGGAAGCACGAUACGCAUGGAUCCACGGAAUUGUACCAAGACACAAUGACGUUAUCAGAAACAAAGACGGAGUAACGGUUUUGCAAAGGUCAACGCGUACCUCUUUCACAUUUCGGAAACUCCACAGUGGUGACUGCAGAUGUAGUUUCGAAAAAUAUUGCGACUCUCGAAAAAAUUAUUCCUCGACUAUUAUCAAUAAUAACUUAGCUUCUGAUAUAGAGAAUACGUACGUUCAUAAGGUUUACGAACAGAUAUCAGACCAUUUCAGUGAAACGCGACACAAACCCUGGCCUAAUGUAACAAAAUUUAUUGAAUCACUGGAUAAAGGAGGAUUGCUCUUGGAUGUUGGAUGUGGGAAUGGAAAAUAUCUCCACGGAAGACCAGAUAUCUUUAAGGUGGGUUGUGACCGCAGUUUUGGAUUGACUGAUGUUUGCCAUGGUAGAGGAUUCGAAGUAUUACUGGCAGAUUGUUUGCAUAUUCCAUACAAAAACGAUUCCUUGGAUGCUGUGAUCAGUAUAGCGGUUAUUCACCAUCUUUCCACAAUCGACAGAAGAAAACAAGCCAUUUCCGAAAUAACACGAGUGUUAAAACCCGGAGGUCAUUGUUUAAUCUAUGUUUGGGCAAAGGAACAAAAAAAGAAUUCCGUAGCAUCCACCUACUUGAAAAGUCGCACAAAUGAACAUGACAAGCUUUUGAAUGAUUUGGGGGAAACUGUGACUAUCGAAGGAGGCGCAAUUCUUCCUGUCCACGAAAACCGUACGGAAUUCACACAUUCAGAUAUGCUCGUUCCGUGGAAACGAAAAGGUGGUGGUAAUUUCCUUAGAUUCUACCACGUAUUUGAAGAAGGCGAAUUGUCCAGUUUGUGUUCAGAAUUGCCCAACGUUUUAAUUACGAAUACUUAUUACGAUCAAGGCAAUUGGUGUAUAAUUCUAGAAAAAGUAAAAAGCUAA